UUAUUAGAUUGCAUUCCCGUAAACAUUGUCCCAAUUACGCUCUCUGCCAUAUCUAGUCUCUAGUUUUUCAAGAGAGAGAGAGAAGAAAUUUUAUGACUACUGCUUUGUAGAAUUUAGUGUUAAUAUGGCGGACGCACACGUUUUGUCUCAAGAAUAUUCGGACCAAUUACUUCCCAACACAAUGGUGCACCUGAUAGAGACCGCCUUUGGAAUAUUCGGAAAUUUUAUUGUCCUCUUGAUGUACACUAAAUACGUACAGGACAAAACCGGGACGCGGUAUUUCAUUCCAGUUCUCGCUUUGGUGGAUUUUGCGGGGUGCUUGUCAAAUGUCGCCCAGUUUCAUCUGGACAACACGAUGCGCUACAACUACCCCAGUGUCUAUCUGUGUAAAACGCUCUCCUUUAUGAUGAUUAUGACCGGGGGGGUUUCAGCUCACACCAUCCUGGCGAUUGCGUUGCAGAGGUACUUAAUCAUCUGCCGCCCGUUUGGUCAACAAAUGUCCCGGAAGUCUUGCAGAGUUAGUAUCUUGUUGAUAUUUCUUUUCUCUGUUGGAUACGCUGCACCAGUGUUGAAAUUCGGAGGCUUUUACAACACAACAAUCAAACGGAAUUCGGCAAAUGGUACUCGGAACAUUUCUGUCUCUAUCUGUCAUUUCGACGAUGGCACCAAUGGAUCUGCAGUAAUGGUACCAUACUUCGGAACUUUGCUCCUUCUUUCUUUCAUUAACAUUGUCGUCACUUCCGUUUUGUACAUUCCUGUUACUAGAACUAUUUAUAGAACGCUUUCGCCAUCAAGGCGGAAUCGGACCAGUACCGUUCUCGAUGCAGACACAAAUAUCACAUCUAAAGACACCCAAAGUUCCAGUGUGGAGAAAUUCACAAUGACGGAAAUUCCACGCCAGGACGAGAGGCGGACUUAUAUUGAACCUGCAGCUGCCGUAAAAAACGACGGACAUCGGGAACAAAGGGCACGAAAGAAAAUUAGCGUCAUGUUUCUGGUGAUAAUUAUUGUUUACGUAGUUUCGUAUCUGACGUCACUGGUCACACAGGUCCACAGUUUUGCAACAGGUAUAAAACUGAAAGGCUAUGAGCUUAACAUUUACUUUUUCUGUCUCCGUUUUAACCUCUUGAAUCACAUCGCUAAUCCGUACAUUUAUUGGUUCUAUGACAUUAAAUUCCGGAAUGAACUCAGAAGGUUCUGUUGUGGUGGUACAAGACGUCGGUAUUCGUUUUCAAUGUGAAACUGAAAACAUUUUUCGUACAAUAUGUAAGUUUAAGGAUUUGGCAAAGAGAGAAAUAAAAACCAACAACGAAAACUGCC